AAGACACUUGGCACUCUGAUAGACCUCCUCUCUUGGACCUGCUCGCAUUUUAAGGGACUUUCUCCUCACAGACCAGGAGAGCAGGACGCGUUUCCAGUUACUCAGAGAAGUCCAGCGUGCCUUUUGACAGCUGACAAGUUACAAACACACUCACGAGCUUGUUUCAUUCCGCAAACUCGAUAGAAAGAUCGGACUAUCCGAGAGUCAUGAUGGAGAUGAAGGUGCUGGGAUGCGCGUUGCUUUUUCCUGUCCAGAUCUUGUUUUGUUUAUUGAGGGCGAUCGUGCGCUUCUUUACGCGCCAGAAGCGCAGAGAUCUGGGCACGGAUGUGGUCCUCAUCACUGGAGGUGGAAGAGGAAUCGGUCGUCACCUGGCUAAAGAGUUUGCCAAGCAAGGAGCAAGAAAGGUGAUUUUGUGGGGCCGCACAGAGAAAUGUUUAAAAGAGACAUGCGAGGAGAUCUCCAUGACCGGAACAGAGUGCCAUUACUUUGUGUGCGACGUGGGCAACAGAGAGGAAGUGUACCAGCAGGCCAAGGUGCUCAGGGAAAAGGUUGGGGAUGUCACCAUUCUUGUCAAUAAUGCAGCUGUUGUCCAUGGAAAAAGUCUUAUGGACAGUGACGAUGACGCACUUCUGAAAACCCAGCAUAUAAACACACUUGGACAGUUCUGGACCACGAAAGCAUUUCUGCCUCGCAUGCUGGAGCUCUGCAACGGCCACGUGGUGUGCAUUAACUCCAUUCUCUCCCUCUCCUCCAUCCCUGGAGCCAUCGACUACUGCACGUCCAAGGCCUCGUCGUAUGCCUUCAUGGAGAGCCUGACGCUAGGCCUGCUGGACUGUCCAGGAGUGGGCUGCACCACGGUGCUUCCCUUCCAUACUGACACAGAGAUGUUCCAGGGCAUGAGAGUAAGGUUCCCUAAGCUAUUUCCUCCUCUGAAUCCUGAGAUGGUGGCCGAACGCACUGUGGAAGCUGUAAGGACCAACACUGCCUUUGUUGUCCUUCCAUGGACCAUGCACUUUCUUGUCAUCCUCAAGAGUCUUUUGCCUCAGUCUGCCCUGGAAGAGAUCCAUAAGUUUUCAGGAAGCUACACCUGUAUGAACACAUUCAAAGGACGGACUUAAUCUUAGAAGCAGUGUGACUGUGAAAAAUCCUCAAAACCAAUUUUUUGCAAGCACUACGUCCAGGAACAUCAAUCUGUUGCUUUGUGGACGCAAAAAAAGACUGUGAAAGGGUCAUUGGGAACAGCAUAUCAAGGUGGCUUGUUUUCCCAGGAACUGUUAGGUCUGCGGGUUUUACGUGGAUAAAUUUGGAUUUGUUGCCCUAUGCUGGACUGCACACAGGCGUGUAGGUGAACAUGUUCUUUGAAUAUUGUGGUAGUAAGGAGCACAAACUGUUAAAGUGAUAGUUCACCCAAAAAUAAAAAAAUGACCUCAUGAUGUACUCGUCCUCAAUCCAUCCUAGGUCUAUAUGACUUAAACAAUUAGAGUUAUAUUAAAAAAGACUGGAAGAGGCUUGACGGUGAGUAAAUCAUGGGGUAAUAAUAAUUUUUGAGUGAACUAUACUUUUAAUAUAGAAAUGGUUCUUACAAUGCUCUGAGGUUUUUAUCAGGGCUUGUUUGUCCUUCUAAGAUGUGACAUGGGAGUUUUAUAGAUUUUCACUGAUUUUAAGAGCAUUUUUGUAAAAAAAGUCAAAAUCAAGUGUCCAAACACAUACGGCAAAUUUAUAUAUAUUUUUUAAAUAUGCUAAUAUAGAUGUUAAAAUAUAUUAACGUAAACAUUACAUUUCAGUAAGUUUUUUCUCAUUUAUCUUUUGGCCGUUUUGUUUUAUAUUUCUAUCCAAACGUCAUACUGUCCAAAACAAAAUAAAAUAAAAUAAAAAAAUAUAUUUUUGCAUUUACUCAAGUUAAGAUUGUAAGCGUAUGCUCUUUCUCAAAGUAUAUUUUGUAAUAUAGAUUUUGAAUUUAAGCAGAACUGUUUACCGCAUAUAUUAGAAAUAUAUUUUGGCCAGGGGAAAAAAUGUAUAUUUUUUGCCGUAUGGGACUUGUUUAAAUGAAUUCCAGCAUGUCUAUCUUCAUAUCAUGGUGAACUUCAAAUAAACAGUAUUUGAGCUUAAAAAAAAA